AUGGACGUACCGGAAGAUGCCGGCAACCCGGUGAUUGCCGAAGCGCAGCAACUGGCGGACGAAAAGCGGCUGGAAGGCAACCGCCAUUUUGCGGACGGAGAUUACCCAGGCGCCAUAGAACUCUACACCCGAGCCAUACAGUUAAUAAGAAACGCGGUGGAAGCCCACGCUGGAGCUAUGAAUGGCUCCGGAGAAGGCAGCACAGCGUCGUUGUAUGCUCAAACAAACAUCCACCAGCUGUACACAAACAGGGCGCUCUGCCAUGCGAGGAUGGAGAAUUACGGGCUCACCGUGUUGGAUGCAGACAUAGCCAUACAGAUGCAGCCCGGCUACUCCAAAGCGUACUACAGACGUGGCUGUGCUUACCUGUGCCUCAUGAAGUUCAAAGAGGCGGAAAAGGGUGAGAUUAUCUGA